UCCGCCCCAGUUUGUUAUUAUGAUGGCUUCCUCUCCGCGCUCUGUCUGAAUUCCCGCUUCGAAAACAUGGAAAAGAAGACUAACGAACGUCAAUACCGUCUGUCGGAACAACCAGUGCACAAAAAGAAACCGCGGAAUUUGCAAAUAAGUCCGCCAAGCAUUUGGAAAUGUUGCUACUGUUUCAACUUCCAGAGGAUAUUCUUUACCUCAUCUUGGGCUAUCUGGACUGUCAAGCUCUGAGCUGCCUGUCGCAGGUCUGUAGGAAACUCUACUGUUUCACCGGUAGGGACGCAGUGUGGAGAAGGAUCGCCAAGGAAUGCAUCAACACUGGACUAACGAAACAAGGGCUAGAUCUUGCACCGCUAAUCCCAUUAAAGGAUAGAGUUAAGGUAUCACAAAACUGGCGCAAAGGAUGGUGCAAAAAAGAAGUCAUCCUAAAAUGGAAAUACAAUUUGUUACCAUGGAUACAGUUGGAGGACAACAAGCUCUAUCUAUCUCAGGCAGCAGACAUCAGAAUGUACCAACUGAGACCAGAUGGCCGGGGGGUCCAGCGAAGGCCUAUGGAAGUGUUUGCUGGUCACCAGGAAGAUGUGUGCAAAUUUAUUUUAACAGAGUCGCACCUUAUUAGUGCUGGAGGAGAUGGGAAAAUCAUUAUGCACCACAGAAGAGAGCCAUUUAUUGUACAGUUUCUUGCUCACAACGAAGAAGUGAACUGCAUUGACUGCAGGGGUAGGGUCUUGGUCAGCGGAUCAAGAGAUCGAACUGCAAGGGUAUGGUCCAUAUCUUCAGACGUAGUUGUAGAAUUGCUGCACACUAUACCCACUGUUGACCGGGUCUGGUCAGUGGCCAUUAGUCCAUCUGUAAGCUCCUUUGUGACUGGCACCGCAUGCUGUGGACAUGAAGCUCCCCUACGAAUGUGGGAUGUUGAAAGUUGUCAGCUGCUCUCUUGCUUGGGUAUGGAUUUUCGUAGAGGAGCAGGAAUCCUCGAUGUUUUCUAUGAGACACCUUCAACUCUACUGUCUUGUGGAUAUGACACUUAUAUACGCUACUGGGACAUAAGAGCAAGUACCAGGAAGUGUGUCAUGGAGUGGGAGGAGCCUUGUGACAGUGCCCUCUAUUGUAUCCAGAGUGACAACAAUUACAUGAUUGCCAGUGGCUCAUCUUACUAUGGAGUUGUACGACUCUGGGACAAGCGUCAGACACGCUGCUUACAGACUUUCUCCCUGUCUUCACCAAAGACGAGCAGUCCGGUCUACUGUCUGCGUUUUAACACCACCCAUCUCUAUGCUGCCCUUUCAUCAACGCUACACGUGCUGGACUUUAAAGGACUGGAAUAUCAGGGAAGGAAAUAAAUGAAAGGACAAUCUUUGGGAUGCAGCUCACAAUGUAAGCUAGUGCUAAAGGAGGUGUCUCUUUUGUAAAUUUAAUGUUUAAAAGUGAAGUCACAAGAGUCUAACUGACUUGGUUAAAAUGGUUUAAUUCUGAUUGGCCUUAAAUUUGAAAAGUAUUGAAAGAAUUUGCUUUUACUGGUUACCAAAGUGCCAAGCCUCCCUCUGUCUGUGCCCAUGAUAUUUAACGUGAAACAGGGGUUUGGGUGUAAAGGCCACUCAGGACUUUAGACUUUUUCAAGCUAAAAUCACCAACACGUCGGGGCUUCCACUUGUGCCAAAUUCCACUUUCUGUCGUACAGACAUAUCACCUGGAUACAAAGAUAUAUGAGGGGGAAUCGAAACCAACACUAUUUCAGAGCAAGUGCCACAUACUCAUAUUGAAUAGCAUGUUUCACACUUUUAAAAGAUAUAUAUUUUUUAAAUUUUAAUAGUUCACAAAAUAAAUACCUUGCUAUCUUAAUACUGUUGUUUAUACCCCAGUAUUGAAGUCCCAAUAUCUUCUUACAUUAAGGAAAUCCAUUUUGGAAACCAGAAGCACUUUUAAACUCAGCAGAUAUUGCAUUAGCUAUUAAAAUCCAUGAGACUGCUGACCCCGGUGUAACUCUCAGGGUCGGAUUAGCUUGUUUGUUCACCAUGUAGGGUUUUUGGUUUGUUUUUUUUGUUUUUUUUUGGUUUGUAACAGUUAGGAUGGACCACAUGAGCCACCUUAGACCGGGUUGUCAAAAUGUUUUUAUUGGCUGUUGUACAUACCUGUUUGAGUGAAACAAUAGGAUAAUCGGGCAUUUCAGUAAAUGAACACCCUGUCCAUUUACACAGUGCUGAUGUAUUGUCUCAUGGCCAAAUGGGUGAAAAUUCUGAAUACUGCUUUGCCAUCAAUGGGAUAAAAAAUGUGUGUUUUUUUAUGUUUCUUGCUGUUGAGUUGGUAAAAAAAACACUAAAUUUGCAUUACAAAGAAUGUUCUGUUGCUUUUGCUGUAAUAAAUUAUUUCGCUAUAUUUGUUCCAAAGUA